UGCUCUCCUCACAACCCAAUCCCCAUUAUAAAAACCUCCUUCCACUCAACUCUUCUCUCAUCGACUCCUAACCAUAAUCUCUUCUUCAUAUCAAUUCAAGAAGCUUCGAUUCUAGUUUUUUUGUUUUUGUUUUUGAUUUUGAUUUUGAUUUUAUGAUCUGUUGCUGCGACGAUCUGAGGAAUAAGACAGAGGAAAUCAAUUGAGGAAGACGAGUGCAGCGAAUCACCAGCAGAAUCAAAAGUGAAAAACGAUCAUGUCUUCUUCCAAGGGUACCUUCUGGAAUCAGAAAAUAAAAUCUAAACCUAUUGUGAUUCGAGAAGUCUGGGCUGAGAAUCUCGAGUCAGAAUUCGAAUUGAUCCGUGACGUAAUCGAUCGGUAUCCAUUCAUUUCGAUGGACACAGAGUUUCCCGGCGUCGUCUACCGACCUACUGAGCCUUUCAACAAGCAUAACCCCUCCGAUCACUACCUUCUUCUCAAGACCAACGUUGAUGCUUUGAAUCUCAUCCAGCUUGGUCUCACCUUCUCCGAUUCCGACGGAAAUCUACCGGAUCUUGGCACCGGAAACCGAUUCAUCUGGGAAUUCAACUUUAAGGACUUCGAUGUGAGCCGGGACAACCAUGCCCCUGAUUCGAUCGAUCUCUUGAGACAACAAGGUGUGGAUUUUGAGAAGAACAGGGAAAAGGGGAUCGACUCGUCGGAAUUCGCCGAGUUGGUGAUGUCAUCUGGACUAGUUUGCAACGAUUCGGUGAGUUGGGUGACCUUUCACAGUGCUUACGAUUUUGGGUAUCUGGUGAAGAUCUUGACAAGACGAAGCUUGCCGGAAGAGAUUGGGGAAUUUCUGAAUCUUCUCAGGGUGUUCUUCGGGACUAGGGUUUACGAUGUGAAGCAUUUGAUGAGGUUCUGCAAUAGCCUCUAUGGAGGGUUGGACCGCGUAGCUAGAACGCUUCAUGUGGACCGGGCGGUUGGGAAGUGCCAUCAGGCCGGUUCCGAUAGUCUGUUGACGUGGCAUGCUUUCCAAAAGAUGAUUGAGAGGUACUUCGGUGAUGAUUGCCCUGAGAAGCAUGCCGGAGUUCUUUAUGGACUAGAGGUUUUCUAAUAUGGUUUCUAAACAUUUUUUUAAUGUAUAGGGCUGUGGCUAAUUUUAUUAUCUUAGAAAUAAUAUAUAAUUCUUUCUAUUUUUA